UUGGUGCGAGGAAGUUGUACAAGUUUGCGUUUUAAGAAUGGAGCGGUUACUAUUAAGCGAGUAAAAGAGUUGUUUAGUUGGGCAGUCAUGUCGCGGCCGAGCGUGUAGAAAGAACGGAAAGAACGGAGCCCCCCCAAGAGAUAUUAUUUAUCAAUAGCGAAACCACGAGAAUACGGUCAAAGUCAAACGGCGCGAAUAUCCCGGGGGCCCUUCGAUCCACAUUGAUCUUCGAUUACACCUUUCAAUACCAGAUCAAUAAUACCAGAUACACGAACAGUUUACUCCGAAACCAUAAAGAAAAAACAAUAUUAAACAAAUUAAAGAAACAAACAGAAAAAACAGUAUGGACUAAUUGAAUUAGUUUUAGUUUGGAGAUUUAAUGUAGUGAAUCUGUGAGAGGUACACAGCAAUGUGCGUUAUUGGAUUACAUACGAUAUUUGCGUCAAGAUGAAUUAUUGCAAUGGCCUUGGACUGCGCGAGUCUCGGACCAAUCUAUCACGAGAAUGACAUUCAAAUGCCUCCACUUGUGCCGCCGAUGAUCGUUCGCGUAUUUGGUGAUGGAUCGACGACAGAUGUUCCGGUAACUCCGGAAACUACGUGCUCGGAUCUUAUUGAGUGCUGCAGGGAUCCGGGCGACGAGUAUUGCAAUUUGGUUGCCGUCUGUCCAGUACGUGGUGAAUGCCCAUUAAGGGAAACGGAUCAUCCUUUGGAAAUCUUACAGAGAUGGGGAUCCGGCAGAUUAAUGCUACGAUAUACCGUCCUCAGCGCUAAUGAAGGGACUUACGAAAAGAGAAAUGGUAUGAAGGAGUCAGAUCACUGCGGUGAAACG